CCACGCAUUGCUUUCCAUUGAAGCUUUAGUUUUGGUCCCAUGGCAGGAGGUUUUUGGCUUGUUUUUGUGGUUGGAGCUUUUGGUCUAAUCUUGAACCAUUUCUUGCCCUUGUUCUUCGUCAGGCUUGGUUCUGUCCCUAAAGGGUCCUUUGGGUGGCCUUUACUUGGAGAAACACUAGGUUUCUUGAAGCCUCACACUUCUAAUUCUCUUGGAGCUUUUCUUCAAGACCAUUGUUCUAGGUAUGGAAAAGUGUUCAAAUCGCAUUUGUUCUUGUCUCCUACAGUGGUUUCAUUGGAUGAGGAGCUGAACUAUUUCAUACUUCAAAAUGAAGGAAAAUUGUUUGAAUGCAGUUAUCCAAAACCCAUCCAUGGAAUUCUUGGCAAGGCCUCCAUGUUGGUAACUGUGGGUGAUACUCACAAGAAGCUCAGAAAUGUGGCUCUCUCUUUGGUCUCCAUCACCAAAUCCAAGCCUGAUUUUCUCACUGACAUUGAGUCAAUAGCCAUUUGUAUUCUUCACACUUGGAAAGAUAAACAACAGGUGAUCUUCUCUGAGGAGGCCAGAAAGUUCACAUUCAAUGUAAUAAUAAAGCAGGUUCUAGGUUUAACCCCAAAGGAUCCACAGACAUCAGCAAUUCUUCAAGAUUUUCUCACUUUCAUGAGAGGCCUAAUAUCUCUCCCUCUGUAUAUUCCUGGAACUCCAUAUGCAAGAGCAGUUCAGGCUAGAAGUAGAAUAUCUUCUAUGGUGAAAGCAAUUAUAGAAGAAAGAAGAAGAUAUGCAGGGAAUUGUAGAAAAAGGAGUGAUUUCCUUGAGAUACUUCAAGGUGUGGAUACCUUAUCUGAUGAUGAAAAAGUGAGUUUCAUUUUGGAUUCUCUUUUGGGUGGAUAUGAGACUACCUCUCUUUUGAUGUCCUUGGUGGUUUCUUUUCUAUCUCACUCACCCUCUGCAUUGCAAACCUUGAAGGCAGAGCAUCAAAGCAUUAGAAAUAUGAAGCAGAAAGAUGAAUAUUUGAACUGGGAAGACUACAAGAAAAUGGAAUUUACCCAAAAUGUCAUUAACGAAGCUCUUAGAUAUGGAAAUAUAGUAAAAUUUGUGCACCGAAGGGCUCUUAAAGAUGUCAAAUUUAGAGAACACCUCAUUCCAUCUGGGUGGAAGGUCCUACCAAUAUUUAGUGCAGUUCAUUUAGACCCUUCUCUCCAUGCAAGUGCUCUUCAGUUUCAUCCAAGGAGAUGGGAGAGCCAAGAUCAAAUGUGCAAGAGAUUUACUCCCUUUGGUGGAGGGUCUAGAUGCUGUCCAGGAUCUGAACUUGCUAAGCUUGAAGUUUCAUUCUUCCUCCAUCACCUUGUACAAAAUUUCAGGUGGACAACUGAAGAUGAUGACCAACCCACAGCUUAUCCAUAUGUAGAAUUUACAAGAGGGCUGGUUCUGUACCUAGAACCUUGCUCAUAGUUUGUUACAAUAAUAAGUUCUCUUUUUAAGCCACUGAAGUGUGUGGUGAAGAUGAUGAUGCAUACAAAUGAUGAUUCAUUAGAGGCCGAACAUGAAAGAAACAUCCUAUCCUAUAUAAACUGAUCACUAAUUACAUCAAUUACUUUGAUAUAGGCUUUCCCCUAACGUAAAAUCUUUGGAGCGUUAAUCUCUAAUUAUCUAUGUACCCGUUAAUCUCUAAUUAUCUAUGUACCUCAAGUAUGCUAAAGUAAUCUUUACAUAGCAAUUAAUCAUGCUCUCUCUCUCUCUCUCACACACACACACACACACAAGUCUCCCAUUUGAUUUCAAUUCUUAGAUGAUAUGUAUACAUAUAAUAAAUAAAAAAAUCCUAGAGAUCUUAUUUAGCUAUUUUAUUAUAUGUAUACAUCUCGUGUACUACCAAGAGUCUCUUGGCAAUCUCUGUGUGUCCGUGUGGGCAAGUAGAAUAAAGAGCGCCACAAAAACCCACAAAAAAGGUCCUUUAGACUAGGGUUUUACUUUUUAUCUCCAACUGUUGAAUUUCCAGCUUCCAAAAAAUGCUAGAAGAGGCAUAAUAAUGUAUAAAUCCAUAUAAACCACCAUCAGAAACUUCCAUGUAGUCCUUACACCUGCAGCCUG